AUGGGCGUCCUGGACGACAACGAGAGUGGUUCGAUCUUUGGCAAGAAAGCUCCUCCUCCUCCUCCUCCUCCUCCUACUGGCGAUGCUCCACCGGCCAAAGCGGAACGCCGUCCGUCGACGUUCAUGACUCCCAUGGCCCGCUUGAAAGCCGAAGAAGACAAGAAAGCCGCGGAAUUGUACGACGAUUUCUGUCAGUUUGCAGGAGAUUGGUUGGAACCCAAAGACAGUGGAUGCGUGCAAAAGCACAUGGUCGUCUUGUACUUUCGCGACAAUUUCGGAAACUCCAAGUAUCGCUAUUCGGAUGCCGCCGAAGACAGUGCCAUUGAAGAUGCCUUUGUCAAGUGGAAUUCUUCCGACGAUGGACCGAAAGCAGAAAUGAACGAAUACGGCAUGUUCGUGGGUGUCUGUAUCAAUACCAAGUUUGAACAACAACGCCGACAAGAAGAACAAUUGGAACGUCGCAAAAUGCAAGUCAAACUCAUCAUUGCCGAAUCCAAACGGACGGGAGUCAAACCACCGUUGGAAGUUCUCAAAGAAGCCAUGGAAUUGGGAGUCAUUGAAGUUCCCAAGCAAACACUCGAGAGUAUGAAUCUAGCGGGUGCUCGAGCGGCGCAUCGACGAUCACUUACGACAACAACGACCCGACCUCCAUCGCAACCCCAUCCGUCCAUGAAACAGGCACGUAUGGGCGCCAGUAUGGGAAAUUUGAAUUACAAGCAUGCGUCUUCAUCAUCUCCGAAAAAGGAAAAGAAAUCACUCAAGAAAUCCUCCAGUUCGUCCAAACUCCACAAGAGCAUGGGAAAUCUCGAUUUGUCGGAACGAUCUUCGUCUCGACGACGUCAUAAAGAUGGAUCGUCACGACUGCAACGAUCUGCAACGGCCGAUGGAGUGUCCUCUUCGUCGUCGUCACUCCGUCGACACAAGACUUCUAGCUCUAGCAGCAGUAAGCGACCCUCAUCCAGAUUGGGCAAGAGCAUGGGCGAUUUGAAAUUGGGUGAUAUCUCGGAACGAUCCUCGUCACGACGACAUCGUCGCACAUCUACCAGUGAACACAAAUCGUCCUCGUCGCGACGAGACAAGGAUGAUGAAAAGAAGAAGAAAAGUAGUAGUAGUAGUCACGACAAGGACAAGAAAAGUUCCUCGAAAGACAAAGACAAGGACAAGGAUCGCAAGAAAUCAUCAUCCCGCAUGCACAAGAGCACGGGAGAUCUCGAUUACAAGGGAAGUUCCUCCAGUCGAAAAUCAAAAGAUAAAGACAAGGAAAAGAAAUCAUCUUCUAGAGAUAAAGACAAGGACAAGGAAAAGAAAUCCAGUUCCAGAGACAAGGACAAGGAAAAGAAAUCGUCCUCCAGAGACAAAGACGACAAAGAGAAAAAGUCGAGUUCGCGAGACAAGGACAAGGACGAUAAAGAAAAGAAAUCCAGUUCCCGAAAAUCAAGUCGCAGAAAGUCCGAACGAUGAGAGUAAUGACAAUGAUGGUAUGUAAUAUGAUGCGACGAAGAUGAAA